AUGCUGGUCGACUACGGCAACGAUCACGGCAACGCGCCCAACCUGCACCAUCAACCCGACCCGAACUCACCAGCGCACCGACCUAAGCCGCACCAUGCUCGGCCGUACACCUUGCCUUGGUAUCAGGAUACCUUUUGGGGGUCCAUGAUCAACAAGCUCUCCAAGGGCAAAACUUUCCCCUACCCCGAGGAGCGCGCCGACUUUGUUCCACCGGAAGAAUAUCUGCCAGGUUACAAGACGAAACGGGCUGCCAAGCGCGACAGCAGUUCCGCUGCUGCACCAGCGUCUCCCUCAUCUUCCGCUUCGAGUGCAUCCGAGACCACCCAUGUCGCUGCGACUGGAAGCGGUGCUGCCACUCCUUCCAAGCCGGUCAAACCCGCGAUGGAGCAGUCCAACUCGAAUUCUGGCGAGAAGCAGGAGAACCUCGAAACGGCCCCCGACUCGCUCGAGGACGAUAGCGACCCCUACCUGAUCGACUGGAACGGCGAGCACGACCCCGACAACCCGCAAAAUUGGUCUAUGCCACGCAAAGCCUUCGUCACAUUCCUCCUCUGCCUCCUCACCUUCUCGGUCUACAUGGGUUCCGCCAUCUACACCCCUGGUGUCGAAAUCCUUGCCGGCUACUUUGGAGUCGGUGUUGUUCCCGCAACCCUUGGCUUGACGCUCUUCGUUCUUGGAUACGGUAUUGGACCCAUGAUCGGCUUUUCGGCAGCCAGCGAGAUCCCCGCCAUCGGUCGUUCGGCACCGUACCUCUUCACCUUGUUCAUCUUUGUCAUCCUGCAAGUCCCCACGGCGCUCGUCGGCAACAUUGCCGGGUUCAUGAUUCUGCGCUUCUUGGCGGGUCUGUUCGGCUCCCCUCCUCUUGCCACUGGUGGUGCCAGCAUCGGAGAUCUCUACAGACCGAGGAACCGACCCCUUGCCAUCGGCGUGUGGGGACUAUCGGCUGUAUGUGGGCCUGUUCUUGGUCCCUUGAUCGGCGGUUGGGCGGUCCAGCGCUACGAAACCUGGAGAUGGACGAUCUGGCCAUUGCUGAUCAUUUCCGGCUUCGCCCUAGUCGUAUUGGUGUUGACACUGCCGGAAACGUCAAGUUCGAACAUCCUGUACAGGAGGGCAAAGAGGUUGAGGAAGGCGACGGGUAACCCGAACCUGCGAUCCAAGGGAGAGAUCUUCUCAGCUCACCUGACGGGUAAAGAGAUCGCUCUGAUGACGUUCGUUCGACCAUUUCUGCUCUCGUUCAGGGAGCCCAUCGUUCUCGGCAUCAACCUUCACAUCGGCUUGGUGUACGGGAUCCUGUAUAUCUGGCUGGAAGCAUUCCCCAUCGUCUUCGUUCAAACCUACGGCUUCAACUAUGGCCAACUCGGUCUCGCCUUCCUUGGCAUCUUCAUUGGUGCCAUCUUGACCUACAUUCCCUUCGUCUUCUGGCAUCGAUGGUCGUACGCCCCGCUCUUUGAUCGGAACGACGGCAAGGUGGCACCGGAGAAGUGGCUCGAGCCAGGCAUCCUCGGCGCAUGGGCGAUUCCCAUCUGCAUGUUCGGUUUCGGCUGGACAGCCAACGCCUCUAUCCACUGGAUCGUCCCCAUCAUCCUCUCGAGCUUCUUCUCCGUCGGAACGUUCUUGCUCUUCCAAUCCGGUCUCGCGUACCUCGGAGACUGCUACCCGGAAUACAUCGCCAGCGUCUAUGCCGGUAACGACUUCUUCCGAGCCAGCAUCGGUGCCGCUCUGCCUCUCGUGGCAAGAGCUAUGUUCAACAACCUCCAAAAGAAUGGUCCUGCAGCCUUCCCCGUCGCUUGGGGCUGCGUCCUCAUCGGUUGCAUCUCCAUUCUGAUGGGUCCGAUCCCUUUCUUGCUGUACAAGUUCGGUCCAAAGCUCCGAUCUAUGUCCAAGUACGCAAUCGACCCAAGCGCAGGAGGAGACGAUCAGAAGCAGAACACCGAGAAGAAGCAAGACUCCUCCAACUAG